UAAACAAGGGAAGUUGCUCACUUGACUGCCGUAACAGCAUAUUGAAUGCAUCGCAUAUAAUAGUGCCAUUUGCUGAUUACUUGGUGGUAUUGAGUCGAAUUUAAAAUUUGCAAUAUCUGGCUUGAUUAUUAGGCUUUUCCUAUCGUGGUUUGUUCUAGAUUUUUGUCAACAAUCCGGGAAGUCUUCGGGCUGUGCCAUGGAUGCAGGAAUGAUCAAGGCGACCAAAGACUUCAAAUCGCACGGAACAGAUACUGAGAAGAUAAGCAGCAACGGGCCUCAACGGGUUCCGGUACAAGCCUAUGUGAAGCCCAUGGUGCCUCAAUCACAGCGCGUUCCAGACCACCCAAAUGGACCACAGCGUAUUCCACGACCCGUUAGCCACCAAAAAUCUGUGCCUCACACACCUCGCGUGAAGCCGGCUGGUCCUGAUGACCAGAACGUUAAUCCAGCGCACGCUGCAACCCAGCCCCCACCUCAGCUCAAAACAAAGAUUACCCAGGGACCUGUUGCCACGGAUACUCCAAGGGUCGCAAAGUCGAAGCCUGAAAAGUCCAGCCAGCUAUCUAGUGGCACAUCCUCUAGUUCAAAGAGUCGCUGGAAUCUGGAAAACUUUGAAAUUGGCCGAGCUCUUGGAAAAGGCAAAUUUGGUAAUGUGUAUUUGGCCAGGGAACGUCAGAGUAUGUUCAUUCUGGCCUUGAAGGUCCUCUUCAAAAAGCAGCUGGAGAAGGCUGGGGUUGAGCAUCAGCUCAGAAGAGAAGUAGAAAUUCAGUCCCAUCUCAGACACCCCAAUAUACUUCGUCUGUAUGGCUAUUUCCAUGAUGCUUCCCGUGUAUACCUCAUACUGGAGUUUGCACCCAAAGGAGAGCUUUACAGUGAACUCCAGCGCCGUGGAACUUUCAAUGACCAGAGGAGUGCUACGUACAUCAUGGAGCUGGCUGAUGCCUUGCACUACUGCCACUCUAAGGAUGUUAUCCAUCGAGAUAUCAAGCCCGAGAAUCUCCUCCUUGGACCCAACGGCGAGCUAAAAAUAGCAGAUUUUGGUUGGUCUGUCCACACUCCGUCGUCAAGGAGGUCUACUCUGUGCGGAACUCUGGAUUACCUGCCACCAGAGAUGAUCGAGGGUAGGACGCAUGAUGAAAAAGUAGACCUGUGGAGUUUGGGUGUGCUCUGUUACGAGUUUCUGGUCGGAAAGCCACCAUUUGAAACCAAGACUCAUGAAGAAACUUACCGCAAGAUAUCCAGGGUCGACUUCACCUUCCCCCCACACGUGAGUGCUGGCAGUCGGGACCUCAUCUCUCGCCUGCUGAAGCACAACCCCUUGCACAGGCUACCAACUCAGGGAGUGAUGGCCCACCCCUGGGUGGCAGAGAACUCGAUCAAGAAGCCAACUAUCCCCCUUCCAGACCCCAACUCGGGCACCAGCCAAUGACGUGGUUAUGCCUCAUAACCUCGGGCUGGAUUGGGCUUCGGAGGGCCUUCUGCUCGUGUGUGUACGGGCUCAAGGGGGGUGCUCCUGGAGAACUUUCUCUUCUGCUCGUGUGUGUAUGGGUUCUAGGGGGGUGCUCCUGGAGAACUUUCUCUUGAGCUUGUGUGUGUGUGUACGGGUUCUGGGGGGUGCUCCUGGAGAACUUUCUCUUGAUGCUGCCUUCAAAGGCUUUUAAUGUGAACGUCUGUCUUAAUAUCCCAUGCCACUUUCCGUGUACUGUCCCUUUUAUGUUGUGUAAACAAGAUCUUUAUACUUCUCUGUAUAUAUUUUACUGUUUUGAAAUUAUGAAUGUUUUGAAUAUUUUACCUUUCCAUCUAUUACUUGAACCAAUAAAGAGGUUUUAACAAGAUGUGUGGCAUAUGAGGGAUCAUUUAAAAAUAAAUUAAGUUGUACUGUAGGGAGAUGUGACCAUAUUGUUUUGUCUGGAUCUCAAUGUUUAGAAUUGUUUGGCCAAUACUAAGUGUUUACCUUGUCCAUGGGUUUAUUGCAAUCGCUGCCUCGUUCAACCGUUUUAGACUGAAUAAAGCUAACUAUUUGAA